GAAUGCCCCAUUCAAUUAUAGUAAAAAAAGUGUGCUCCAUCAUCCUCACUCUCGCAAGAAAGCAGCAGCAACAAUAACAAGGGACUGCACGAUGGUGUCCAGCUCAGCUCAGCUCAUCUUCUUUUGCUUCUUCAUCCUCUUCUCUGCCACUGCCACCACCGCUACUGACCACAUCGUCGGUGCUAACAAAGGCUGGAACCCUAGUAUCAACUACACUCUCUGGGCAAACAACCAAACCUUCUAUGUCGGUGACCUUAUCUCUUUUAGGUACCAAAAGACACAGUACAAUGUCUUCGAAGUGAACCAGACUGGUUAUGACAACUGUACUACAGAAGGAGCCCUAGGCAACUGGACUAGUGGCAAAGAUUUCAUACCUCUUAACGAGGCCAAGAGAUACUACUUCAUUUGUGGCAAUGGACAAUGUUUCAAUGACAUGAAGGUUACCAUCCUUGUUCACCCUUUGCCGCCGCCGCCAUCUGGUAGCAUUGCUGCUAAUUCGACCCCCUCAGGUUCUGCAGCUCCAGUGGCUUUCCAUAAGGGAUUGGUGGGCUUAAGGGCUUUCGUCUUGGCAUUUGCUUCAAUUUGGUUUGGAUCUAGUAGUAUUUAGUGAUUUAAUUUGUCGGGCGAAGCUUGGUGGAACUGUAGUAAUUCUGUUUUCCCCCUCUAUUUGAUCAAUUUUUUAUGGAAUUUAAUCAAUUUUAGUUAUCUUUUAUUCUCGACUGAGAACAA